AUGGCUGUGUCACUGGCUUCAGCUGUCAUACAACUUGUCGAAUUUUCGAGGAAAGUCGUUCAAAAAGACAAAGUGGGCAAAGUAUACAAAUCCACCGGCACCACCCUAGGAGAGGCUACACUGCUCGAUGACGCCAUCGUUAAUCUCGGCGACUUAUCACAACAACUUGAGAAGGCACGACGCGUAUAUUACAAGUCACAUAUAUCCCCUGAUCAGGAAAUCGCAGAUGCGCAACUGAUGGCAUUGGCGAAGGAUGGUGGGGGAGUGGCGAAGAUCUUACAGGCCACACUGGAUCAAGCGAAGCGCGACGAUGACGUGAACGAGGAGACGGUACUUGCACAAGGACUACGCAGCGUUCUGAGUUUGUACUACAGUCAGAAGACGAUAUGUGAUCUUGCGGAUAAACUUGGCUCCAUUCGCAAGCAAGUAGAUGUCGCUCUGCUUGCCUCGCUCCGUCUGGGCACCGACAUGCAAAAGUCGCGUAUGGGGCUUCUACAAGCCUUGCUUCACUCUGCGCUCAAAGGCGACAUGGAAAUCCUGAUCCAGGUCUUUCGUCAUCGCUGGCAACAAUUCCUUGCUUCUGGUGGAGGACGACAACCUUUCACAUGGCUUGAGCUGCGUCAGGCCUUUAUAACAAUGAUCUCCACGCCUAGCACACCAACAUCGUUCUUCUUCGCAAUCGAUGGCCUAGACGAACUCGACGGCGGCCUGAAAGACAUUCUUCAAUUAAUCAAAGAUAUAGCCAAAUAUCCAAAUGUCAAGGUUUGCAUUGCCAGUCGGUCGUCGCCAGAGCUUCUUCGCGCAUGGGCAGGCCAGCCUAAUCUACGCCCUGAACGUUUGAAUCGCCAGGAUAUCUGCAACUACGUCACGGCCUCCCUGGCAACGUCGCAAGCAUACGUCAAGCUCAGCAACACGGAUCCUACUCGCGCUACGGAACUGGUCAAAGGUAUAGCUAAGAAGGCAGCUGGCGUUUUUCUUUGGGCAUACAUCGUGGCGCAAUUGUUGCUAGAUGGUCUAUCACCAACAGCCCGCAUGAGCAGUCUCAUUGCUCGGCUCGAGACAAUGCCAUCUGGACUAGAGCAACUGUUCACCAAACUCCUUGGACGUCUGGACACCAAGCAUCUCGAGCACGCGUCGCAACUCCUUCGUCUGAUGACGAUAAAAUCACGGCCCCUCCUUCUCGAGCUAUGGUUUGCAGACGGGAAAAACGACGACGCGGCAUUGAGGAACGAAGCCCGAUUGCUGUCAGACAAUGACAUAUUCGAGCCCAGUACGGAAGUGCAGGGUCUGGAUUGUCAAAGGCGUCUCGCGUUACCUGGACACACCGCAUUGCGAAAGACUUUGUCCGGUCUCAACGAAUAUGGAACAUCAUACUCGAUAACACCGGGCAUGAUGCUUUCGAUCCUGAAUGGCACUGGGCCAACGGUCAACUAG